AUGGGAUAUGCUCGAUUGGAACUCCUGGGACUUGUCAUUCUAUUACAACUGGUUUUAUCCUUUGCCUUGAGAAGAGAAGAAGCAAUUGCGUACUUACAAAAAUAUGGAUACUUGCACAUUCCACUGAGCGCCAAACCUCCAGACUACAGACUGGAGGAACUUUCAGGUGCAAUAAGAACAUUUCAGAAGGCCACAAACCUCCCAUCGUCAGGAAGACUGGACAAAGCCACCGUGAGGAUGAUGGACAGGCCUCGCUGUGGUCUGGAGGACUCCUCUGGUGGCGGACUCACAUAUCGCGUCCUGGGCGAGGCAGCCCCAGUGUUACUGCUGCCCAUCAUCACAGCAGAGCUCCGACUGAACUUAUGUAAUGGUUUUGUGGAGGCGCCUUGA